UGGACUGUCAUAGCAACCAGGAAAUACACACGGCCGUUGGCAGUGCAUGCGUGUCAGUGGAAGGAGAAGAACGUGGUAAUAGUAGAGGCAGUAGUCAAGGGCUCCGAGAUGGCCGCGACGACGGCACUACCCCCGGUGAAGAGCGUGGUGGUGUACAGGAACGGUGAUCCCUUCUUUAGCGGCCGACGGUUCGUGAUCAACCAGCGCCAAGUAUCCACCAUGGAGGCCUUCCUCAAUGAGGUGACCCAUAAUAUCGGGGCCCCGCUGGCCGUUAGGACUCUCUACACCCCCAGGCAGGGCCACAAGAUUGACGACCUCCAAGACUUGCGGACGGGGGCCCAGUAUGUCGCCGCGGGUUUUGAGAAGUUCAAGAAACUGGAUUAUGCCAAGACCGGGGUGAAAAAGCCGUCAGCAGCACGAGAAGACACUCAGGCAAAAAUCAUCCAGAGGCCCAAUGUGUCAGCCAAAUGGAGGAAGUUUGUUCCAGUGCCCUGCGUUAUACACGUUUUCCGCAACGGGGACAUCCUGUGCCCCCCGUUCCGAUUCAUCAUUCCUCGCAGCAUGCAGCGAGACCUGGAGCAGAUCCUCAGCCUGGUCACCGAGAAGGUCAGCUUACGGACUGGUGCUGUGCGGAGGUUGUGUUCUGUCGAGGGGGUCACGGUGACCUCGGCGGGGGAGUUGGAGACCGGACGCUGCUAUGUUGCCGUGGGAACAGAGAGGUUCAAGAAGCUUCCGUAUGUGGAGUUGCUGGUCUCGAAAGCUACGGAGAGAUAUUACCCGGGAAAGAGACGAACGCUGAGGCGAAACGAGAACAGGAAGGAAGGAAGUGGUCCAGAAGACCAGUGCAGUGACUCCGCUCUGCUUAACUCUCCUGAGUCAAACGGGCGCAGGGUGAAGUCGACGGGUCACGAAGCCGCUCCCCCACAGGAGCAGCAGACGACAGGGCUGAACACCGACCCAAGAGUUGACGACACCUCUGUAUUCUUCACCAAGCCAGUCAGGAUUUAUAAAGCAAGAGGAAUGCCGAGAACUCCCCACAGCAUCGGACCCGUCUAUCGUAGCUUCUUCAAGCCAGGAGCACGAAGGAGGAGGAGGGAAGAGGUCAGAGGAGCCGAGGAAGUGCAGGAGGAUGAGAAUACUGCCACAGAACUUCCUCUUGAUCAGAGAGUGGCAGAAAUUGUGGAGGAUGAGGAACUGAACAUCACAUAUGAUGCUCCGCAUGGCACACUGAAGCUGGCGGUGUCUGAACCAGACGAAGCAGAAAAGAUGGCGAUAAUACAAAGCACAGAAGAGAAGUUAAACGCUGAAAAUCUGGAGCCCGAGCUCAACAAGAUGACGUUGAACACUCCGAAUUCUCAAAGAGAAAUUCAGGGAAAUCAUUUGGAUCAUCAAGAGGAAAAGGAGGAUCUGAAAGGAGCACAGAACCACCUUCAGGGAGAAGGCCUCAUUGACGAACCGUCGUAACCACACUUGAGAUUUUAUUUGCUUUCAUCAACUUGUGUUAAAGAGCCAACCAUUGUCCUAUGUUCUUGUUUCCAU